GCUAUAUAUAGGAUAAUCAGAGCCUUUGAAAGUACUGCAUGAACAAAACAGUACUGAAAACUGAGAAAUGCGUUUGUUUUGUUCACGGAGUGGAAAAUAAGUGACAGAUAUGUGUAACGUAGAGCAAGCUUCUGUAGUUGAUAUAAAGAGUGAAAUAUCAAAUUGUAGCCAGACCAGUUGCGGAAUACCAGUAGUAGGAGAUGAUUUGUCAUAUGCAGAAUUCUUCGAGAAUUUUAUGUUGAAAAAUUAUCCCGUAAUAAUAAAGGGUAAUUUUACAAAGGAAUGGGAGAGCGCUACAAAGUGGGUUAAAGAUGAUAAACCCAUGUUUUCGUACCUUAAAGAAAAUUUUGGGCAAACUGAAGUACCUGUAGCUGAUUGUGGUAGAAGACACUAUAAUGUCCAGGAAAAAAGCACAUUUAAGCUUUGUGAUUACCUUGAUUAUUGGUCAGAUUAUAUAAGGAAUGACUACCCAGAGACAAUGCCGUGCUUUUACUUAAAGGACUGGCAUUUCACAAGAGACUUUCCCCUACAUUUGAUCUACCGCACUCCUCAGUAUUUUGCCAGUGAUUGGCUUAAUGAAUACUAUUAUGACCAUAAAAAUAAAAAUGAUGAUUAUAGAUUUGUGUAUAUGGGUCCUAAAGGUUCAUGGACUCCAUUUCAUGCUGAUGUAUUCACAUCAUUUAGUUGGUCUGUAAAUAUUUGCGGUCAGAAGAGAUGGUUGCUGUUUCCUCCAGGACAGGAAAGUUUUUUAAGAAAUAAGUUUGGGAACUUACCAUAUGACUGUACAAGUGAUGAACUUAAAAAUGAAGAUUUGUUUCCAGAAUAUAAAAAAUUAAAUCCUCCAUAUGAAAUAUUACAGCAAGCCGGUGAAGCAGUAUUUGUUCCUUCUGGCUGGCAUCAUCAAGUUUGGAACAUGAAAGACACAAUUUCCAUCAAUCACAACUGGGUUAAUGGCUGCAACAUCAAAACAAUGUGGUUGUCAUUGAAGAAUCAUUUGGCUGCUGUGAAAAAGGAAAUAGAAGAUUGCAAGGAAAUGGAGGAAUGGAAUAGCCACUGUCAAAUAAUGCUUAGAGCUUCUUUUGGGUUAGACUAUGAAGAAUUUUAUAGGUUUUUAUUACAUAUUAGCAAGAAAAGAAUUGAGUCUCUUCAUGGAAAGGAUGAUUUAAUAGUUUAUGGAAAUUGGAGAAUUGGCAGAAAUCAUAUUGUUUUUGAUUUGCUUAAGAUAAAUGAAGUUUUGAACCUCUUCCUCUCCGACACUGACUGUGAAAUUGCACUGAAGGAACUGGAUGUACAGAAACCAAAAGACUUGUUGUCUGAAAUAAAUUCAGUGGUAUAAAUUCAGCUGAGGGAAAGCAGAUGGUGCCAUAGUGACAGUUUCAAUACUGCAACAUGGUUCAUAACAUUGUUUUGCAGAGGAGUCUGAAGUACUGGUACUGAACACAUGGAAAAGAUCAUCUGGGAAACAUACCAAAGACAGUGAUAGUACUACACACACACACACACACACACACACACACACACACACAGAGAGAGAGAGAGAGAGAGAGAGAGAGAGAGAGAGAGAGAGACUCUCUUCCAGCCAUCAGCCACCCUUGUCUAAUACACUGUCCUGCUCCCCUCCUCCUUUCUCCUCAUCCCAUACAAUCCUCUCACAGCAGGAAAACUGCAGUACUGGUUUACUUACAUCAUCAGCAACUAUCAGCUUUGUAAUGCUGGUCUCAGCAGGUCACAUGAAAUUUCACACAGAGAGACUUGCCAAAGCCUCAUCACUCAGUUACAGAGUACUGCAAAGAAACAAUGACUGGAGCUCCUAAUUAAAUACUUCAGCAAUGAAAGAAACAUAAUAUAACCUUCUGUUAUACAUCAUUACAAAGAGUAUUUAAAAAGGUUUUUUUUUUUUUUUUUUCACUCAAAAACAAGUUCAGAGAUGUUCAAUAUGGCCCCCUCCAGACACUCGAGCAAUAUCAACCCGAUACUCCAACUCGUUCCACACUCUCUGUAGCAUAUCAGGCGUAACAGUUUGGAUAGAUGCUGUUAUUUCUCGUUUCAAAUCAUCAAUGAUGGCUGGGAGAGGUGGCCGAAACACUAUAUCCUUAACAUACCCCCAUAAGAAAAAAUUGCAGGGGGUAAGAUCAGGGCUUCUUGGAGGCCAGUGAAGAAGUGCUCUAUCACAGGCUGCCUGGCAGUGCACAAACACCCAUUCUCUGUAAACUGUUUAUACCAACGUUUAAUACACCACCUAUCAGGAGGUUUAACACCAUACUUCGUUCGAAAUGCACGCUGAACAACUGUCGUCGAUUCACUUCUGCCGUACUCAAUAACACAAAAAGCUUUCUGUUGAGCGGUCGCCAUCUUAGCAUCAACUGACACUGACGCCUAGUCAACAGCGCCUCAAGCGAACAAAUGUACAACUAAAUGAAACUUUAUAGUUCCCUUAAUCCGCCGACAGAUAGUGCUUAGCUCUGCCUUUUGUCGUUGCAGAGUUUUAAAUUCCUAAAGUUGUGGUAUUCUUUUUGAAUCACGCUGUAUAUCUGCAAGGUUGGUACAUGAAAACCGAGCAAGGUGGUGUGGUUAUUAGCACACUGGGCUUGCAUUUCAGAGGAUCUGACUGUCCUGAUACAGGUUUUCUGUGAUGUCCCUAAAACACUCCAGGCAAAUGCCAGGAUGGUUCCUUUGAAAGAACACAGUUGAUUUCCUCUCCCAUCUUUGAAACAUUCUGAGCUUGUGCUCUGUCUCUGAUGACGUCGACGUCAACAGGAUGGUAAACCCUAAUCUUCCUUCCUUCCUUUUACAAGCAAAUUGUAAUAAUGGAGAAAGACUAAGAACUUGCCUAAACAGUACUUUUGAGUUUGAUACACAGGCCAGCCUAAUUAUGUAGUAAGUUCAAUGUAGCAGAGUAACAGCAUGUACUAUUUAACUUAUGCACAGUAAUUGUGACAGAUCUCAAAUUCUCUCCAAAUAGCUUUGAACUAUGUGUUAAUAAAAAUGAAAACAGUUUACUCUGAAAAUCAUAAACAGUAUACUUGUUGUUCAAUCUAUGUAAUAAAGGUUGUGGACAGGCACGACAAAGUGCUGGUAGGCAGAACAGUUUGUACAUUUAUAUUAAUUUGCAAUUUUGCUUUCAUAGAAAUGCCUGUCUCCAUCUGAUCAUUCAAUUAGUACCUUUUCUUACUAUUAGGAAUUACCUCAUGCACUGUGCUUGUCAAAAGUGCUGAAUACAGCAGGAUAGUAAUGCUGAUUCAUUUUACUGUAGACAAACCACAGCAUAGAUUAUGCAUGAGAAGUCAAUUCACAAACAAAUACAAAACAUAAAACAACAAAUGCAAUCAAAUGUCAUAGUUUCAAUUAGUAAAUAAGAUAAUUAGUUGCUCUUUGUCAUUUCAGUAUUUAUAUAUUGUUUGAUGAAUUGUCCCUGCAGUAAUAUUCAGCUCUGCUGUCCCCCCCCCCC